CCAAGCUAACCUUCAUGCCCGAGCAGCAGGAGGCUGACAGCAUCACGGAAAGCGAAGCUUUAACCUACAACUUGGUCGGUUAUCUGCGUCUUCAUAACUUCAUUUGCAUUAGUUGUUCAUCAACAUGUCUGCACCUAAGAGGGGAGACUUGUCGUCAAGUGAGAAGGAGUUGUUCGAGGUUAUUACUGCAGGAAAUGUGCAGGAGGCCUCCAGGCUGCUUGGCUGCAAGGAUGUGAGAGUCAACUGUUUGGAUGAGUAUGGGAUGACUCCUCUCAUGCACGCCGCUUACAAAGGAAAAGCAGACAUGUGCAAGCUGCUGCUGCAGCACGGGGCCGACGUGAACUGUAAUGAGCACGAGCACGGAUACACGGCGCUGAUGUUUGCCGGCCUGUCAGGGAAGACUGACAUCACAUGGAUGAUGUUGGAUGCAGGGGCCGAAACAGACUUGGUUAACUCUGUUGGGAGGACUGCAGCACAGAUGGCUGCCUUUGUUGGGCAACACGAUUGUGUCACAGUGAUCAACAACUUCUUCUCCCGAGCCCGACUGGAUUAUUACACUAAACCCCAGGGUUUGGAGAAGGAGCCGAAGCUGCCUCCCAAACUGGCCGGACCCCUGCACAAAAUCAUCAUGAGCACAAACCUGAACCCUGUCAAGAUGGUCAUGCUGGUGAAGGACAACCCUUUACUGGCCGAGGCGGCGGCUCUGGAUAAAUGCCGGCGGGUGAUGGAGCUCAUCUGUGAGAAGUGCAUCAAGCAGCAGGAUAUGAACGAGGUGCUGGCCAUGAAGAUGCACUACAUCAGCUGCUUGUUGGGAAAAUGUUCCUCAUUCCUCAAGGACCGCGAGGACAAGCUGGACGGCCUCAUAAAGAGUUUGCUGAAAGGUCGAGACAGCGACGGUUUCCCCGUGUAUCAGGAGAAGUUCAUCCGGGAGUGCAUCCGCAAGUUCCCGUACUGCGACGCCACGCUGCUGCAGCAGCUGGUGCGAAGUAUCGCUCCUGUGGACAUUGGAAAUGACCCCACAGCUUUGUCGGUGCUGACUCAGGCCAUCACGGGACAGGUGGGCUUCAUGGACGCCGAGUUCUGCACCUCGUGUGGAGAAAAGGGAGCCGAGAAAAGAUGCUCCAUCUGUAAAAUGGUGAUUUACUGCAACCAGGCCUGCCAGAAAAUGCACUGGUUCACUCACAAGAAAGUGUGUAAGACGCUGCAGGAGCAGAGAGAGAAGCAGGAAGCAGAAACAGCCAAGCUGAGGAUGCAGCAGAGCAAAGAGGAGAGUGAAGCCGUCCAGCAGGCUGCGGACUCCCUGCAGGAGCUCUCUAUGGGCACCAGUGGAGAGGUCGCCUCCUCAGACUCUGCAGCAGAGGCUUCGAGCCCAUCCUCCAUCCCAGCUGCUGACAACUGAGCAACCUCUGUCAGCCUCUUCCUCCAGCGUACGUUCACACACCAGACUGAAAGCAAAACAAGGACCCGAGACUCCAAUAACAUAUUUAUUAAUACCCAGAGUCCCUGAACGCAGCAGGGGAGACGGCCAUCCAAAGGAUAUGUGUUCCACAGCAGACAUCUGUUUUGCUUUUAGUUUCUCUGUUUCCAUAAGUUGUUUGAGACGUCGUCGCACCUGAAUGUCACUGGUGAGCAGGCUGCCGCGUUUCCUCGCAGGCUUUGUGGCGACCAUGCGAAGAGCUAACGGUUCUCAUCCACGAUGGAACGAAAUUCUGCCUUAAACUGUAGCAAACUGUGCGGAGGGACAGACCGAAGAGAUUGUGUCGUGUGUUUGCAAUCUACUCGAUGUGUUUUCAGGACGUCCGUUUUCUUUUUAUUGUUUGUACUGAUAACCACGCGGUAGCUGGGGAGUGCGUAGCUCGGCUGCACAAUGUUGACCAAAUAUGUAUAUUUUUUAAAGAUGAGUGACGUGAACCGUUUAUUUUUAAUGUAUUGUGAGACGUGUUAAUGCUCAGGAGUUUUCGCCAUAAAAUCCAGCAUCCCUUGUGAAAGUUUUUUCUUAGAUACAGCACAAUGUCGCCUUGUCAAGGGAAAAAAAAAUCAUUUAAUGUGCAGCUUGAAUGGACGAGUGGAGUUAUCAUGUGCAGUCAUGUCCUGAAGACUUUCGAUAUGUCUUAAUUACAUUAAAUAAAGACCAAUUUCUCUGUUCACAUCUUGUAGCUUAAAAUGAGCCU